AUGACAACCAAGCCUCUCUCCGAGAUCUUCGCCCAGCGAGCAGUCGAACUGCGUGAAUUUAUCUUCGCCCAACCCGCUUCCAACUUCACCAAUAACCCCUGGGCUUUGGCAAAUGCCAUCGAGGAUUUCGCCAAUGAAGUCGGACACAUGAUGAUCUUCCGACAACCCAAGGUCGAGGUCGCACGCGAGCAACUCCUCGCCCAACAACCGGCACCACGCACGAUUAUCGAAUUCGGCGCGUUUGUGGGUAAAUCUGCGCUCGCGUGGGGUGCUAUCCUGCGCGAUAUUCACGGCGACAAGGUACCCGAUGAUGUCAACAUCUAUACUUUCGAUCCCAACCCGCAGAUGGUUGCUCUGACCAGAGAGUUUGUGAAGUUGGCCGGUGUCGAGGACUUUGUACAUGUCCUGGAAGGUCCGGGCUCGGACUCUCUUCGGGCUUUGCAUGCUGAGGGCAAGGUCACCACUGUUGAUAUGGCGUUCUUCGAUCAUUGGGAGCAAUUCUACUUGUCUGAUUUGAAGCUGGUUGAGGAGCUGAAGCUCUGGCGUGUUGGUUCAUUGGCGAUCGCUGAUAAUACGGAUUACCCUGGGGCGCCAGACUAUCUGAAGCGGGAGGCAGUGGAGUAUCUGGAUCGGUGA